AUGGACAGCACCAGCUGCCUCGCCGACGACACCAGCAGCGGCGGCGCCUCCACGGACAAGCUCAAGGCGCUGGCCGCCGCCGCGGCUGCCGCGGCGGGGCCGCUCGAGCGCAUGGGCAGCGGCGCCAGCGCCGUGCUCGACGCGGCCGAGCCGGGCUCCGAGGCCGACUCUGGCGGCGCGGGCGCCGGCCGUGCGGCGGCGGGGAAGCUGCCGUCGUCCAGGUUCAAGGGCGUGGUGCCGCAGCCCAACGGGCGGUGGGGCGCGCAGAUCUACGAGCGGCACCAGCGCGUGUGGCUCGGCACGUUCGCCGGGGAGGCCGACGCCGCGCGCGCCUACGACGUCGCCGCGCAGCGCUUCCGCGGCCGCGACGCCGUCACCAACUUCCGCCCGCUCGCGGACGCCGACCCCGACGCCGCCGCCGAGCUCCGCUUCCUCGCCGCGCGCUCCAAGGCCGAGGUCGUCGACAUGCUGCGCAAGCACACCUACUUCGACGAGCUCGCCCAGAGCAAGCGCGCCUUCGCCGCGUCGGCCGCGCUCUCCGCGCCCACCACCUCGCGCGGCGCCGACGGCCACGCCUCGACCCCCUCCCCGGCCGCCGCGCGCGAGCACCUGUUCGACAAGACGGUCACGCCCAGCGACGUCGGGAAGCUGAACAGGCUGGUGAUACCGAAGCAGCACGCCGAGAAGCACUUCCCGCUGCAGCUCCCGGCCGCGGGCGGCGAGAGCAAGGGCCUGCUCCUGAACUUCGAGGACGCCGCCGGCAAGGUGUGGCGGUUCCGCUACUCGUACUGGAACAGCAGCCAGAGCUACGUCCUCACCAAGGGCUGGAGCCGCUUCGUGAAGGAGAAGGGCCUUGGCGCCGGAGACGUUGUCGGGUUCUACCGCUCCGCCGCCGGGAGCACCGGCGAAGACACCAAGCUCUUCAUUGACUGCAAGCUGCGACCGGACACCAACAGCCCCGCCUCCGCUGACCCCGUGGACCAGUCGGCACCUGUGCAGAAGGCCGUGAGACUCUUCGGCGUCGACCUUCUGACAGCGCCGGCGUCGCCGGAGCAGGGGAUGCCGGGGUGCAAGAGGGCCAGAGACUUGGUGAAGUCGCCGCCUCCGAAAGUGGCGUUCAAGAAGCAAUGCAUAGAGCUGGCGCUAGCGUAG